GUAACCCGUCUAGUGGGUGUGCGGUAUGUCGUGGGUGGGGUGAGAAGCUGGUGGGGCCGUCUAGCAUGCCGCAUGGUACUUCGCCCGCACCAUAACCUUUACCCCCCCUCCCCCGGUUGUGUUCUUGUGUCGUCCCUCAUGCUCCUCUCUGGCUGCUCGCAUGCUCCAUGUGUCGUACCUCAUGGCUCAUGUUCCUGGCUCUUGUGACGUCGUGGCUUGUCAUGUGAGAUGUGACGUGCCGGCUUCUUGUCCCCCUACCGUACCUGCCUGCCUGCCCAGGUGGCGGCGGGGUGGAGGUGCGGCUGGUGACCCCCGGGUCGGUCCUGCUGGAGGGGAGUCCCGCGGGUCAGCGGGAGGCGGCGGAGGGGGUGCUGGAGCGGCUGGGGGUGCGGGUCACCACGGGCACCCGUGUCACCCGGCUGAGCGCCCCCCCCUCCGACACCGCCCUGCCCACCGCCUGCACCCUCACCCUCGCACCCACCGCCCCCCAGCAGCACCCCCAGCAGCAUGCAGGGGAGGGGGGAGAGCGGCAGUCCUGGUACCAACAGGAGGGCCAGCCAGCAGCAGCCGCAGCAGCAGCAGCACCACCACAGCCCCCCUCCAGCGAGCAGCAGCAGCAGCCCCCGCUGCUGCAGGAGCUCUCCGCGGACCUGGUGGUGUGGACGGCGGGCAGCAGUCCCGCCACCGCAGCAGCAGCAACAACACCGCCCACAGCGGCUGAACCCCUUCCCUCGGAAGCGGCGGCAGCAGCAGCAGCAGCGGGAGGCAGGCCGCUGCAACAGCCGAGUGGUGGGGGUGGUGGGGGUGGUGAGGGGCGCAGCGGCUUCCCCUUCCCCACCACUGCAAAGGGAGCCAUACUCACGGAGCCCUCCCUGCGGGUGUGUGGCACCCAGCGAGUGUUCGCACUGGGGGAUGUGGCGGUCACAUCCUCCUCGCCCUCGCCCUCCUCUUCUCCUACUCUGGGACAGUCCCAGCCCUCCCAGCCCUCCCCCUCCCAGUCCCCGCUGCCCGCCACCGCCCAAGUCGCCUUCCAGCAGGCCGACUACGUGGCGUGGAACAUAUGGGCGACCAUCAACGGCCGCCCGCUGCUGCCGUUCAGGUACCAGCACCUGGGCAGUAUGAUGUCGCUGGGCCAGCUCAACGCCGCCCUCGCCCUGCCGCUGCCGCUGCCGCAGCCCCUGGCCGCCUCCCUCACCGCCUCGCCCCUGCUGGCGCCGCUGCUCAGCGCAGCCGGGGUGCGCAUCAACACCAACUCCAACUCCACCGGUGCCGGAACAGCGGGUGGGGUUACCGGUACGGCAGGCAGUGCAGAGGGUACGACAGGAGGCGGGGAAGGUACGGGCAGCAAGGAGGAGGAGGGCGUGAAGGGUGCUGCUGCGGUGACGUUGGAGGGUCCGCUCGCUGCGAUGUUGCGGCGGGGCGCCUACCUGUACCGGCAACCCACGGCGGAGCAGCGGGUGGCGGUGGCGGCGAGCUGGGUACGGCAGGGGCUGGCGGCGGCGGCGGCGCUGGCGGGGGGAAGGGGAAAGUGAGGGGGAGGGGAGGUGGUGGAGGAAGGGGAGAGCCGAGGAGUGGGUUAGGUCAAACUAACUGGCCGCAGGUGUGGGUGUGCGAGGGUGAGAGAGGGGAGUGUAUGUGGGGGGUGAGCAUUAGGGUAUUAGGUGUGGCUUGGCGUGUUGUCACGAGGCUGUAGGCUGGAGUGCAAGCUAAACGAAAAUGGUGCAAGGGAGGAAAAACGAGAUGAAAGGUGAAGCACAGGGAGGAGGGUGUUAACCUUUGCAAUUGCUCGUCGUUGUUGUUUGGGAGGAGAGCUUCCUCGUCUGUCGGGGGCCGUCCUGCCAUUCUAUUUGAGUCUUCGGUGAAAUCGCUGACUGUUACCCGUUUAAGAAAAUAUGCAUAAGAUGGGCACAUGGGCAAAAGUGGAUGAUGAGUUGCGCGGACGAACAGGUGGUGUUGAGCGGACCCAUGGCACGCAUCAGGCACCUGUGUAUUCAAGGGAGGAG